UUUAUUAAUAUUUGGGGUGUAAAUAUUAUUAUUUUCCGGGUUGGUUCAUGUUUUUGCAGAUUUGAUUUGGAAUCGGACACCUAUUAGAAUUAUUUUAAAAUUUUAAAUAUAUUUUAGAUUCUCCAAUCUAAAAAUUAAAAAUAAUAUAUAAUAUUAAUUGAAUAAUGUGUGAUAAAUAUCCAACUGGUUUAGAUUGGUUGAAGAAACAAAAUGUAUUUCAGAUAUUUCAAAUAUUUUGAGUAUUUUUGGUUAUUUAUUUUUGUCUGUUUUAUGUAAUUUGGACAGUUCUAUAUUUUUCUUAUAUUUUAAAUAUUAAAUUCAAACAUAACUAAUAUAUUUAAAUAUGUAAUUGUGAUUCAAAUAAAUAUACUUCAGUUUGGGUUAGGUUUGGUUUCAAUUUUUCAAAUAACUUUUUUUUUGGAUUAACUUGGACAUUUUAUUAGUUUCGAUUUAAUUUGAUAUAAUUUUUUGGGUUAGGUUUGAUUCGAUUAACGGAUACAUAUAUUUUGUGUAAACUUAAGAAGAUAUUAUUUUUAGUUAAAUGUUUCGAAUAAAUUAAUUAAAAGGUUGAUUUUACAACAUUAUCAGAAAGAUUAAAAGAUUUAUAGCACAAACAGUAAAUAGUACUGUAGACAAAAAGGUUAAUUAUAUAUUAUGUUCUUGUUUCAAUAAGAUACAUAAAUGACACCCUCCACUUCAUCAAGAAGACCUCCCACCAUAUAUCAACACGAUUUAACAAUACAGACGGUUUACCGGACAAACCCUAGAAGACACCAACCCUGGUUAGGGUAACUGACUCUUUCUCCCCCUUUUUGUUUGUUCCAGACUGUGAAAUCGAAGCAAUCAGUGAAAAUGACAGAACCUGCGACAUCAUCCUCGUCUCUUCCCUUAGAUAGUGUUUCAAAACUGUCUCUGUCUCCAUCAACGAACGAGAUCACAGUGUCCGUAGUACCGGACUGGUCUCUUCUCCCUGAAGAGCUACUCCACGUUAUCUCCAAGAAUCUGGAUGACUGUUUCGAUGCUCUUCAUGCUCGCUCUGUUUGCACCCUGUGGCGAUCCAUCUUUCCCUUUCCUUCUCACUUAUCACGCCCAAGUUACACUCUCCCCACGCUUGAUAACAAAGGCUCGUGGAGCCUCGAAAGGAUCCCUCUGUUCCUCUUUCGACCCCGAGCUCUUGCUGCUUCUGAGUAUUUCUUGGGAGGGAUAAGGCGAGAUGAGCCAGAAGAGGAGGAGGAAGAGCUUUCAUCUCCUAUCCAAUGCUCGGUGAAAGUGGAGAUUCCAGGAUCUGAUCCAAAGCUGAUGAAGAUGAAUGAUUGUCAGAUCCUCCCUCUUGGCCAUCAGUACAGAAUGAUUGGCUGCAAUGCUAAAGAGUACAGAAACGUGGUUGUUCUUCCUCUAAACCAGGAGGGAGGAGGAGGAGGAGAUUUUGUUGUUCUCCUUAACUUCACUAAAGUUUUGUUGGUGUAUAGAAGCACUGAGAUGAGGUGGAGGCGGUUACAUACACAGCCAUUCACAACAGCUACGUGCGAGGAGCUAUUCACUUUCAGAGGCAAGUUUUGUGCAAUCUUUAUUAGCGGAGAUGUUUUCGCUUUCGAUCCUCAUUUACUGGGACUGACUACCCUGAAGCCCUUGGAGCUACCCAACUGUGGUUCAUGCAAUGAUCUGGUUCAAUCUGGUGAUGAUGAGCUUUUCCUUGUUGAGAAAAUCAUCCCUCGUAAUGACGACGUGUUAGACUUCAAUCGGCUAGCGCUAAGAGUGUGUAGGCUAGAUGUGGAAGCUGGUCAAUGGGUGGUGGUCAAAGAUAUAGGAGGCCGUGUGUUGGUUAUUGGAGACUUGGGAAAUGUCUCAUUCUCGGCGAAAGAGCUUCCUGAUGGUUGUGGUGUGAGUGCGAACUCUAUUUUGUUUACUUAUGGGCCAAGCAAUGUAACAUGCUCCUACAAAUAUGACGACGACCUCAACUGUUGGAGAUAUUCAAGAGAGGAUCUGGUGACUAUCCUCGGCACGUCUCCGGUAGUGGCUCUCCGGGUUGAACGAUCUUCAGCAGAUGCAUAUAGCCACCGUUCUUCAUGGCCACACACCCAUAGGAGUGUAAACUUUAGAGUAUGAGUCAAUCAUAAAGGACAUGAGACUGGGUCUGAUCCUUGGCCUAAUUGCAAGGAAAACAUUAAUACUGUUAUUAUCUUUUUUUUUGUAACAAGGAACAAUAAUAAUGGCGUUUAUUUUCCAAAAUCUAUUAAGCUUGAAUUUAUGGUAUAUGAACAAAACAAGGUUUUUCCAUUUUUAGCAAAAUUCCCUAGUAAUUAGUUUCUGAAAAUUUUCUUUUGGACUUUUUCAAAUAUGAUCUAAAAUUUUGAGUCAAACACAAAAAUAACAAUGGUUUUUUUGAAUUUUUUUUUCUUAUUCAUCCUAAAAGUUUAAGUUAUUCACGAAAAUGCUAUUAAUUUUUUUUUUUUUACAAAUGAUUAUUUUACCUUAUCAUCCUCAUCUUCAUCUUCACCAAAUAUUAACAAUAUAAAAAAAAAUAUUAACAAUAUUGACAUUUCCAUCAAUAUACUAACCACCAUGAACAACCAAUUUAAAACUUUUAAUGUACCAAAGUUUUGAUUCUUAUUUUUCAUAUCUCAUUACUUAUGCACAUAAAUCACAUUUUUCGCUCUCUUCAAAUUCAUCCAAAAAAACUAAGAUUUUGGUUCCAAGCUUUGUAAGGUUCAUAGAGACAUUAAAGUUCAUGAUUCGUGCUCAUUAACGACUUGGUAGCUUUUGUAGUGACGUUCUGGGUACUUAGAGACGCAAAAUAAGUAAUCUCACAGACUCAAGAUAUGUAAUCAUUUUUUUUCUCAGAUCUGUUCGCGAAGACUUUCAGAAGACUUCGCUAGAUGCAUUCUACAUCAAGAAGAUUUCCUUAGAAGUCUUCUAACUUUCCUUUAUUAAGAAAAAAACGAAAAUCCACCGGAUAAAUAUGUUAGUUUUGAAAUUGACCAAAGUUUGUUAGAAAUUUGACUUUUUAUAUAAGACUUCUCGGGAAGUCUUUUCGAAAAAAAACUUCUAUAGAAAGUCUUCUGAAAAUUUUCCCGAAGUCUUCUCAGUGUCACAAAUUUUAUUCUGGGUUUUGGUCAUAUCUUUCUAGAAGUCUUCUCUGAUAAAAUCAAAUAUAGUCAAUUGCAAAAGUAUUCCAGGUAGACUUCUUGCGACAUUGAGAAAACUUUCAGAAGAAUUCUAUAUAAGUCUUCUAUAAAAAGUCAAGUUUCUGACAAACUUUAGUCAAUUGCAAAACUAACAUAUUUAUCCGAGAAAGCUACUCGAGAAGUCUUCUCUGGCAUUUUCGAGAAUUUUUCAAAUUCAAAAUUAAACCAAUAUUUAUGAAGGAAGACUUCUCAAGAUGUCUUCUAUAGAGUAGACUUCUUAAGAAGUCUUCCUUCGUAAAUUUGCAAUUGCAAAAAUGACAUAAAUAAAGACUUCUUAUCUCGGAGAAGACUUCCGUAGAAGUCUUCUACGUCAAUGUUGAAUAAACUUUCAUUUUCUCUACAAUUAAAAUUACUUUUUAAUAUUUUCUUAUUAAUUCAUGUGUAUUAGUCAAUAUUGGGGUUCAUGAAUGAAAUUCAUAACUUUUUGGGUGAUAAUUAUGAGAUUUCAGAUAUUUAUGUUUACUAAUGUUUCUAGAUGACUUCUGGAGAAGUCUUCUCUAGAUGACUUCUGGAGAAGUCUUCUCUAGAUGAUUUCUGGAGAAGUCUUCUCACAUGACUUCUGGAAAAGUCUUCUAUGUUAGAUUUUUAAGAGUGUUAAGUAAUUUCAAAGUAUGUUUUUAACUUUCAAAAGUGUUAAGUAACUUCAAAAAUAUCAAAUCAUGUGGUUUAAUGUGUAUCUUCAGAUAUAAGGUAUAAUUUUUAACUUACAUAAGAUUUAAAAUUUCAACUUUCAUUUAAAAUUCAAGUUUGAUAUUUUGUGUAAUUUGACUAAGUUUACUUGUGAAGUCUUCUCUCUUAGUUUUAGUAAAUUUGACUAAGUUUUUGUGUUAUUAUUGUGUUUUGUUAUAAGUGGGUAGAAUGGUUUAAAACAUUUCUUGGUAUGUUGUAUCAAUAACUUCAAUAAUGUCAAGUACUUUGGGAAAAAAAACAUGAACAUAUAUACCAUAUUCUUUUGAUUAAUAUCUCUUCAAGUUUACAAAAGAAUUCACAACUAAAAGAAUACACAUACAAAUCAUAAAACAUACCAUAAACAAAACUAUUACACAUGGAGCUAGAUAUAAUUCCUCAACAUAGAUAAGUUUGGACUCCACUUGACAUCAUUCUUUUAUACCACCUUGACCAUACGACUUCGGAAGACUUCCCGAAGACUUUGCGGGAAGUUGUCUAGCAUAAAAAACAUUAGAAGACUUCCCAAAAAGUCUUCCAAGAGUCUUUUAAGAGUCUUCUAAGAGUCUUUUGAGAAGUCUUCUAAGAGUCUUUUGAGAAGUCUUCCAAAGUCUGACACAGAUAUGAAAAAAUAUGCAUAUUCAAAAGCAUUCAAAUGACUUCAAAACAGAGUAAACUCAAAAAUAAAUUCUUUAUACUUAAAUAAUAAACAAAACAACCACAUUAGGUUUAAUCUAUAAUUUUUUAGAAUCAAAUAUAUAAAACACACAAAAUACAUAUUCAAAAUUUGUAUCACUUAUGGCUGAAGACUUCGUGGGAAGUCUUAUUGCAUAAAAUGCUUUAAAAGAUUUCUCAAGAUGUCUUCUGAGAGUCUUCCAAGAGUCUCCUGAGAAGUUUUCCAAAGUCUGACUCAGAUCUGAAAAAUCUGCAUAUUCAAAAAUAUUCAAAUGGCUUCAAAACAAAGAAAGCUUCAAAAAUAAUUUUUUAUGCUUAAAUAAUAAACUAAACAAUCAAAUUAGUUUGAAUCUACAACUUUUUAGAAUCUAAUAUAUAAACACACACAAAAUACUUAUCCAAAAUUUGUACCACUUUGGGCAGAAGACUUUCUGAAGACUUCGGAAGACUUUCUGAAGACUUUGUGGGAAGUCUUCUAGCAUAAUUUGCACUAUAAGACUUGCCUAAAGUAUUCUGAGAAGUCUUCCGAGAGUCUUCUGAGAAGUCUUUCAAAGUCUGUUCAGUUGUGAAAAACCUGCAAAUUCAAAAACAUUCAAAUGACUUCAAAACAGAGAAAAACUUCAAAAAUAUAAUUUUAUGAUUAAAUAAUAAACGAAACAGUCACAUUAAGUUGAAUCUAUAAUAUUUUAGAAUCUAAUAUGUAAAACACACAAUAAUAAAUAUCCAAAAUUUAUAUAUAUACGUUUAAAUGAGUGAAAGAUGAGAACCAUGUAAUGAAAAAUCUGCAAAGAGAAGAUAAAAUAGUGAGAAGACAUAAGAAAAGAAAAUGAUAAAUGGAUUUAAAGCUUGAUGUUUUGAUGUUCAAAGAGAUUAGAGAGAGGUUGUAGAGUUUUAGAGUGAGAAACAUUACAUUUUUGUUGUAGACAUUUGAGAGGAAAAAAAAGAAUGUGUAAAUUUUCUUUAUAUAUGGAGAUAAAAACUUCAAUUAUGUUAAAAAAUUUCGAUACAAAAGAGGAAGAAGACUUCUUGUGAAGUCUUCUAGACCCAAAAUCAAAUACAUGAGAAGACUUCUGGAAGAUUUAUGGAAGACUUCGCUUUAGGCAUGAAACCUAAAUUCUACAAAAAUUAGGCGGGAAAUUGUGAGAAGACUUCCUCAGAAGUCUUCUAGAAAAUUUUCAAACCAUAACUUAAUAAAAUAACUAACUAGAUAGCAAAAAACAAAUCAUUAAACUUAAAAUCAAACUUAUAAAAUGUUUAAUAUACACAAAACUAAACAAAUGUAUGUCAAAAAAAUGAAAAGUUAAGAUUCUAAAAUUAAACUCUAAAUACAAAGAAUACUAUAACAUAUGUUACUAAACCCUAAACCAAAGUCUUAUCGGAGUCUUCCAGACCCUAUAAUCAAAUAACUAAGCAAAACCACUUUCUUAAACUUAAAAAAAACUUAGAAAAUAUUUAAAUCAAGUAAUUAGAUAGUCACUAAACACAUAAAUGUCAAACUAAAAAAAAAGAUAAUAUUUCAAAAUCUAAUCCUAAAAAUAAAAACAAUACUAUAACAUAUGUUAUCAAA